AUGAGCCCAAGUCCAUCAGUGUCGCCAAGAAGGACGCUCAAUAACAAAUCAUCUUACAUCAAUAACAGCGGUGGGCUGGUCCUGCCUCCUACGCAGUUUAAUUUGAAUCAGCAGCCAGUCCUGAGCUUCCAACAAAAAGCGACUUUCGAUUCCAACCAGCAGUUUUUCUAUUAUCCAGAGUCACCCACAAAAAACCUGAGACCAAGGUUUAACAGUAUUUCGCAGGUUAAUAAAGGAGUUAAUGAAGACCAUUAUACCGGGGGCGGUAGCAGUAAUAAUAACAGGCCAUCUAGAUAUACAAAUACCAUGGGCGCUGCAAACACCAAUGUAAAUUCCCAUCCGCAUCAUCAGUCGGUGUCGCAUUUAAAUUCUAAAUCUCUUAAAUUCAAUCAAACGAAGGAAGUGAGCAGCAUAAAUGAAAUUAUUUUUCCUUCCAGAACGUGUACAAAGAAACGGUAUUUUACCAAGCCAAUUGAUUUGUAUGGUACAAGAAGUAGCACUAGUGUGGCACCUAAGUUGACGAAUUCUCCCACGAAAUCAAAAACAAAUUUCAACAUCAAGAAGUGCAUCUUACCUAGGUCCGUCGUUACCACAUAUAAAUUACCAUCUCCAGUGCACGAAACGAUAGACGAUAUAUCCAAAAAAAUCAUAAUCCUGCUAAUUUCGUUGAAGUUUGAGAAAAACUAUCACUUCUUGCAACCUAUUCAAUUGUCCACAAAUAGUAAGACACGGAUCUCAAAAUCACUAGACGAAUUAUGCGGAGUGCAGCUGACAUCAACGUUACGGCAACAAAAGCAGCUGCAAGGUAACAGCAAGCCCGUAAAGAAUCUCCCUAAUUCCAAUGCGAAGCAGAGAGCCGGGGCCAGUGUUUCCACAAAUGCCAACGAAAGCUUUGAAUUGAGUUUUGAUGGAAAGGCAAUGGAUAGAUCUGAUAUAUUUCGAAUGGUAGAUUCUUUUAGCAUCGCCAUUUCAGAUGAAGAUGAGGAAGAUGAGGAGGAGGAUAGCUUUCAGCAGAGAAGUGCGAACAACAGAAUCCUCCCUGCGGAGAUACUAAGUAAUGAACCUUUGAAAUGA